AUGUCGUUCCCAAUUCUCAUCGCUUAUAUCGGUCUCUACGUCGGAACCUAUUACCUCAGUCCCACUGGCCCUGGAUCCGAGCACCGCGACGGCGACUCCGGACGCAUACCACCUCUGGCGAUCGUCCUCACGCUACUCGGCCCUGAAAUCAUUCAGAAGACAUUUGCUGUCACGACUGCGAUGUCGAAGACAGAGUCUCCAUGUUUCGGUUUCGGGUGGCUGGCUUAUAGCUUGUCACUCUUGUCGUCAGUCACGUCUAGCAGUGGUGAUGUGAUGCCGAAACCGGAGUGCGAUGUGCAGGUCCUGGACAUGAAGACGGGGAAUAGACGGUCGAACAAGGAGUUUGCUGUUGCGAGGCUACUCCGCGGUUUGGAAACCCGCUCUGUUCCGCCCAGCAUCGAUGACAAGUUUGACCAGGAUAGCGAGGUUGUCGUCGAGAUCCUCCAACCCACUGGUAUAUCCUCCGCUUCCACUUCCCUCAGGAACUUACUCCAGAGCGGUAGCUUGAUGACCGCAAUCCUCCAAUUCUGUCUUGCCGGCGCAUUCUGGUUCUACUACGGCGAUCUCUCACCACUCCUGCUGCUCAGCAUAUCAAUCUUGCUUAUCGAAGCUACAGCCAGCCUACCCGUCUGGACUGCUCAGAAAAACGCUUCCUUUACCCACCGUAGUCGGAACAGCGCGUACGCACUCAUGCGCGACACCGACUCCCCACCCAGCCGCAUCUACAUCAUCCAGCCCUCCUCAACGGCGUCGACCAACGAUGCAAGCAUGACCACACAUCACGCAACAUCCACCAACGCCUCAAACCCCUGUGUAUCACCCAUCAUCCUCAUCGCCGGCGCUUUCUUGAGCCAAGCACUCCUGUACACCCAGCUCUCAGAUAAUGCAGCGAUUGCUAUGCUGAUUAUCAUGUUCUGUGGUACUAUCAGUAACCUUGCUAUCGUUGCUAUGCCGCGCGUGCCACAGGUCGAUGGCGUGAAACUGGGAUCUGUUGGUGUGAUGAAGGGGGAGGGGAGUGUUGUGGAGGUUUUGAAGGACGUCGAAGCGAGAUUUGAGGGGUAUGGAGAUGUGCUGUUGAAGCAGUGUUUCCCUGAGAUGAUCGAGAAAUGGGAAGGUGGAACGGAGAAGCAGAGGAUGGGGGAGAUGGAUUGA